CCCCCUCCCCUCCUCAUGUGCCAUGGCGGACUGUGGAAUGGAUAAUGUGAGAGAAAGAGAAAAUCUUUUCCGUUCUGUGACAGUGAUGCUGCGUUUCAGCUGGGAGCACUAACCAGGCAGCUUGUGUAGUGUCAGUGUCUGCUACAGAAAGCAGCAAUCUGAACGCACAGGUGGCUCUUUAUAACAAUCCUUACCGAUACUGGUAAGGGGGGGGAAGUUGCAUAAUGGAGCAAAGAAAUGCAUUGUUAGGAUCCUUGAACCAGCCUUUGAGCAUUGAUGCAGAGGGCAACCCUGGAAAGAAUACUCCAACAAGUUGCAACAACAAAGUUGUUGGCAGGAGAGAGGGAGAGAUUGAUGGGGGUGCCUUGGAGGAAGAAGAUGGUACGAACUGGAAGCAGGAAGAGGGAAAAGCUGCUGACUCAGGACAAGAACUUGACCCACCAAACUCAGACCAGCAGCAGUUUUCUGUCAGGGAGACAAAUUUUGCGGAAGGCAGCCUAAAACUGAAAAUUGGGCUGCAGCCUAAGAGAACUAAGAAACCCCCCAAAAACCUGGAGAAUUAUGUUUGUCGGCCUGCUAUUAAAACGACCAUCAAGCACUCGAGAAACAAAAUAACAAAAAGCGGGAAGAGCACCGAGGAGAGAGAAGAAGAGAGUGAACUAAAACGGGGUUCCCUGAAGUUGCACAAGAAAAGUGAGGAAAUGAAGACGGUUGAAUCUCCUGUGGAGGAAAGUCGCUAUCUACAAACAGGAGGAGAGACGAAAAACCCCCUUUCUUCAAGUUUGGAACACUCUGAAUGUAGUAAAGCUGCUGUGUGUAGCCCGGGGAGUAUGAGAAACGCUGACACAAAAGAACAGGGACAAAUGAACGGGGAAGCGUCUUUGACUGAAAAAUCAGCAAUGCUAAAAAACACCUGUCCUGUAUCAAAGUCUUCCAGAACUAAGUUUAGGAAGCAGGGGGUUGGCAAUGGAAUUGUGAUGAACAAAGAUUUGGGCCAGCUGAAAGCUAGCCUUGCUGCUGCCAGCUCAGUUAAGGAGCACUUGAGCACUCCAACCUAUGUAGAUUACAAGAAUGUGAACUUGACUGAACAGGAGGCUCCUCAAUCUGCAAAGGACCUUGCCCACAGUAAAACUUGUGGCAAGACUGUUUUAAUUAAUAAGGACUCUGUUCUAGAUAAAGCAUCAGUGAGGCAAGAAUCUCCAAGGCAUGAUGCAGCAUUAUGUAGUGAAGGAAUCUCACCCCGGCACGACCGGCCAUCCUCUACCGAGAAGACAGAGCACAUGAUCCCGAAACUAGAUAAACAACCUACAAUAAAUUGCACUUCAACAGACCAUAGAACUGCAACUAGCACUGAUGUCUAUGGGAGGAGGUCCACCAGUGGUGCAGGGGUGGAAGGGGCUCCCUCUGCACCUUCACCAGCAGGACCUGCAGCUUCAUUAAACAGGAGUACUGCUUUUCCUCCUUCUCAGUCCACUUCCAUCCAGUUAGAAACUGACCCAGUAUUGGUAAUUUCAGAGUCAGACAGCAAGCCAACAGCUGAAAGCCAGCCAGCAUCGAGCAACUUACCCCUUCAUUUUGGCUUCAAACUCCAUACUCACAAUUUCAAUGCAGAGUCUAUGACAGCCGAACGCACAAGUGAAAGUAGUUUGCAUCCACCACGCUUAGACAGCAUGAAGACUUUCACUCAAUUAACUGGGGGUAAUCGCGAGUUGGGAUGUUCUCCAGUGCCUAAAACUGACUCUUCGAGUUCUGCUGGCAACACUGUGGCUAGCUUCAAAAGCAUCCUGAAUAACAAGCCCUCAUUCAAGCCUAGCACACUGAAAAUGGCACAUCAACAGCUGCAAAGAACAUACCAGAACUGCCCAGUCCCAAAUUCCACUCUCCAACUUAAACCUGUAAACAAAAGGAAAGGCAAGAGACCGAGAAUGAAAGUGGUUACAAGCAGCAGUACUGUUGCUGCUUUUGGUGAAUGUUUGUCUUCACCAAUAGUAUCAUCAGGGCUAUUGAAAACUGCCCCAUACAGAACAGAACAAAAAAUGCAUACUGACCAGGCUCAAAUGAUCAGAAACACAGGAUUUUCACCAGUUUUAACUGAAACUAAAAUUACUAAGCCUCGACUGCCAAAGUUAACUAAGGCUUGCAUUUCUCCUCCACUACCCCAGAAAACUGAGAUUGGGAGACAUUUUAUAUCUCUGCAAGCUCACCAUGACGAGAAAGUCUCUAAAAAUGGUUCUCAAGACUCUCAGUCAUUAAGUGCUACUUUAAAUAUUCAUAAAUCUAAAAGAGGCAGAGCAAAACCUGACCCUAUGCCACAACUUGAGGAGCCUCCACGUAGGACUUUAAAGAUUCCUGCUUCCAAAGUACUUUCUGUGAUGUCAAAGACAAAGGAAUUUAUUAGGGAGAAAGAGCCUCCUAUACUUCAACCAGAAACUGAAAUUGUACCCAGUAAAACUUUCGAGGACUCUCUUCCAGGAAAGCGAAGGCGGGGCAGGCCUAAAAAGCAGUUGAUGCCCACAACCAAAGCUGUAGCACCAACUGCAUUGCUUUCCACACCAUUAACAAUCCCAGAGAGUUUGGAGACUGAAGCUGAAGUUGCACAGCACAGAGGGCUUGACAUGAGUGAGAUGACGAGUAAGCCAGUAGAGCAUGUGCAGAAAAUGACCCCCGAUGAUGACUUUGAAUUGGGGAGUGAAACCGAUUCGAAAUCCACCAAGAAAGGGAAGAGGCAAUUGAUGAAAACACUUUUAGACAAAAAAUUUAUCAAGAAGAUCAACAAAAUGAAAACGCUGAAAAGGAAAAAGCUUCUGAACCAGAUCCUUUUGAGUGCAAGUGGAUCUAGUAAUAAAGGGAAAGUGCAAUCGAAACUCAGUAAUACCGUCUCAACUCUCACUGCCACCUUUGGUUCCAAGUUGGGCCAGCAAAUUAAUGUUAGUAAAAAAGGAACUAUUUACAUAGGCAAGAAAAGGGGCCGAAAACCCAAAAUCUCAUUAGAUGGUCCAUAUCUAAGUAGUACGCUGUCUAUCGAUAAGAUAUCGUCAACAUCCACCACAACACUAGGGCAAGUGCUGCCAAACUUCACGCAGUCAACAACUGCGAAUGUUCCUGAUGUUCUGCCUUCACCAACUUAUUCCCAAUCAUCAGGAGUGAGUGGAAGUCAGAGUCCUGUCAGCAGUGAUGCUGGGUUUAUUGAACCAACCCCAGUGCCAAACUUGCAAGGAAGUAAAGGCAAUGUUGUACAGACACUUGCGAUGCGGAAAGCCUCCAAAGGACGCAGGAAGCUUUCACCCCCCACGUUGCUGCCAAACUCCCCAUCUCAUCUGUGUGAGUUGACAUCCCUGAAGGAGGCCACCCCUUCACCCAUCAGUGAGUCACAUAGUGAGGAGACCAUCCCAAGUGACAGUGGCAUUGGGACAGACAACAACAGCACAUCAGACAGGGCUGAGAAGUUCUGCGGACCAAGGAAACGAAGGUACUCUUUUGACCAUGUCUCUGUAAUACCUCCUGAGAGUGCAGCUGUCCUAACUGGACUGAAAGAGAAACACAAACACAAAUGCAAACGCAGAACACAUGAUUAUCUUAGCUAUGACAAGCUUAAGCGACAGAAAAGAAAACGGAAAAAGAAGUAUUUGCAGCUACGGAGCAAACAAGACCCUAAUUUUCUAGCUGAACUGGAGGAGCUAAUAACCAGGUGGAGUGAACUGAGAAUAACUCAUAGAAGUCAUCACUAUAUACCGAGAGACAUCCUUCCUUCUAUCUUUCGGAUCAACUUUGGCAGCUUCUACACCCACCCACCUUUCCCUUUUGACCCUAUGCACUAUGUCCGAAAGCCUGAAUUGAAGAAAAAGAGGGGAAGGCCUCCAAAAAUGCGAGAUGCAAUGGCUGAAGUCCCUUUUGUCCACAGCCUGGGUUUUCCCCUUGCAAAUGGCGGCUUCUUUCCUUCAUACAGUAUGCCUUACUCUCCAACUCCAGUUUCAGCAGGCCCACUGGGGUUGGGUUAUUAUGCUCGGUAUCCUCCAACACUAUAUCCACCACCCCCUCCUCCUCCCCCCUCACUGAGUAGUACAAUGCCACCUCCCUCAUAUAUGCAUACUGGUCACCUGCUUCUGAACCCCAACAAGUAUCACAAAAAGAAACACAGACUCCUUAGACCAGAGGCCUUCUUAGCUGGCAGUCGGACCUCUCUCCUAUCCAUGGGCACUUAUGCCAGCAUUCCAGCAGAAAUGGCUUAUAGUUGGAUGCAUGAACAUAAGCAUAAGCAUCGACACAAGCAUCGGGAGCAUCGUUCCUCUGAACAAACUGCACCACCUGUGGAUGGUUUAACGGUUAAUCCUUCGUUGUUACGACGGUAUACAUAUGGGAAGGAAGCUAUGUCGGAAAGACAUAAACACAAAGACAAACACAGAUGCCAUAUGCCGUACACCCACUUGACAUCAUCAAAAGGCUUGCUAAGUAGAGGGGAUCAGUGGGCCCGAAGGGACUCAACAGAGCAUGGUUCCAUUUCUGUAGGAUUACAGACUCCUCUCCAAAUAGACUGUACGGAUGGGGCAGUGGGUUCAUGCUCAGAACGAUACAUGCCCAGCUCAGAAUCGAGCAUCAGUGAAGAACAUACCAAUCUGUUUACAAGUGCAAUAGGAAGUUACAAGCCUAGCAAACUCUCUAAUGGCAUGGGGCGGAAGAAGCAGUCCGACAGUCCUGACCUUACUGCCUCACAGGACAGCAUGCCGAACAGGCUGAUAAGGAGGGACAGACCGCCUUCCAGUGAAAGAACUUCUCAGACACCACCAGGUAUGCAACCAGCACAAGAUAAACAGGCAGCACAGAGGCACCAGGACAAUGUUGGUUGCAGUCCCACCAGAAGGAGAACUCCAUCAGAGAGUACAACUUCAGCAGGAACAGGAUCAGCAUCCCGAGGUACAAAGCUAGGAAGUCCAGUGGAGGAAGCUAUUGAAAAUGUUAUACAGCGUAUAACGCAAGAUGGGUCACAACAAAUGGCCAUAGAGAAGACGAUAGAAGAUGUUAUAGCCAGUGUAACAGUUACCCGCCCUGACAGCCCUGUAGCUCCCACCUCUGGCAAAAGCUACAGUCAGGAAAGGUGCCAGAAUAAACGGGCUGAAACACCUACCACCCAAACUGUUGCUCCAAAUGAUUUCCCAGAGAAUAGCCAGUUAUCUACAGACAAACAGAAUCUAAUUGCUGGCCAUCGACUGAAGAGAGGCAGAAUAGAAGCCAUUCAGUGUCAGGCAAGGAGAAUGUGCAAUUUUGACAAAAUCUUAGCCACCAAGAAGAACCUGGACCAUGUCAACAAGAUUCUGAAAGCAAAAAAACUACAGCGACAGUCACGGACAGGUAACAACAUCGUGAAACGCAAACGAGGGAGACCCAGGAAGCGAGAUUUGAGCCUUUCUCCACUCUGUACCUCUCUGCCUCUUAAGGAAGACAAAGUGCUUCCCGAGGAGCAGAGUGAGAGUGCAGAGAAGAACAAGGAAUCUGACACAAUCAUGGAUGUUAUUGAAUCAGUGCUGCAGAGCGUGAACCAACAGCAGUCAGAGCAUAGGAAGGGUGUGAAACGGAAAAGGCACUUUGAAGAUGGCUCUCCCGAGUUGUCUUCAGAAGCAGCUGCCCCAUCAAAGACUGCUGGGAAGACCGUAUCGACAGAUUCAGUAACACCACAUCCGCAACCCCCCACCCAGAGGGAAAAGAAGGCCCCUCGCCCUCCAAAGAAAAAAUACCAGAAAGCAGGACUGUACUCUGACGUCUACAAGGUUCCCGAUCCAAAGAGUCGCCUGAUUCUGGUGAAGAAGGAAAAGCUGGAGUACAUUCCUGGAGAACAUGACUACGGGCUCUUCCCAGCCCCAAUCCAUGUUGGCAAGUAUUUGAGGCAGAAGCGAAUGGACUUCCAGUUACCAUAUGAUAUCCUGUGGCAGUGGAAACACAAUCAGCUGUACAAAAAGCCUGAUGUCCCACUUUAUAAAAAGAUUCGAUCAAAUGUGUUUGUCGAUGUUAAACCUCUUUCCGGAUGUGAGCCCACGACUUGCAACUGUAAAAGGCCGGUGGAUCCUGUUGAGAAGAGCUGUUUGGAAGACUGUCUGAACAGGAUGAUCUUCGCAGAGUGCGCCCCGAGCACGUGCCCCUGCGACGAGCAUUGCUGCAACCAGCGGAUCCAGAGGCACGAAUGGGUGCAGUGCCUGGAGCGGUUUCGAGCAGAGGGGAAAGGCUGGGGAAUUCGCACUAAGGAAACUCUGAAAGCUGGACAGUUCAUCAUCGAGUAUUUGGGGGAGGUUGUCAGCGAGCAAGAGUUCAGGAACCGAAUGAUAGAACAGUACCAGAAUCACAAUGACCAUUACUGCUUGAACCUGGACAGUGGGAUGGUGAUCGACAGUUACCGCAUGGGGAAUGAGGCUCGCUUUAUAAACCACAGCUGCAAUCCUAACUGUGAAAUGCAAAAAUGGUCAGUCAAUGGUGUUUACAGGAUUGGACUAUUUGCGUUGAAAGAUGUAAAUGCUGGGACCGAACUGACGUAUGACUACAACUUCCAUGCAUUCAACCUGGAAAAGCAGCAACUUUGUAAAUGUGGAGCUGAGAAAUGUCGUGGCAUCAUCGGAGGUCGCAGCCAGAGGAUGAAUGGAUUGCUGAACAAAAAUGGCCAGCAGGCAAACGGACAGAAGAAACCAGGCAGGUUGAAGGAGAAGAGGAAAUCAAAGCACCGAUUAAAGAAAAGGAGAGGGCAUGUGACAGAGGAACCAAGUGAAAAUGUCAACAACCCUGCCAAGCUGAGCCAACCACACCAGAUGAAGCCCAUGUCCAACAGGGAGAGGAAUUUUGUGCUGAAGCAUCAUGUGUUUCUAGUCCGAAACUGGGAGAAGAUGCGGCAGAAACAAGAGGAGGCAAAGCAGGAGAACGACAACAGUCAGUCUGUGUCACUGUACACCCGUUGGAAUGGCAUUUGCCGAGACGAUGGCAACAUCAAAUCUGAUGUUUUCAUGACCCAGUUUUCAGCACUCCAAACAUCCCGUUCGGUCAGAACCCGGAGGCUAGCCGCAGCGGAGGAGAACAUCGAGGUGGCACGCACUGCACGUCUGGCUCAGAUCUUCAAAGACAUCUCUGAUACAAUCAUUUCGUACAAAGAUUCAUCGGAACAAGCACUGGCCACACCCCUACUCAAUCUGCCAUCAAGGAAAAAAAAAUCAGAUUACUAUGAGAAGAUUACAGACCCGAUUGACCUCACCAGUAUCGAGAAACAGAUCCUCACGGGCCAUUAUAAGACUGUAGAAGCCUUCGAUGCGGACAUGCUGAAAGUCUUCAGGAAUGCUGAGAAAUAUUACGGCAGGAAGUCUUCCAUUGGCAGAGACGUUUGCCGUUUGAGGAAAGUCUACUACAAUGCUCGGCACGAAGCCUCUGCCCAGAUCGACGAGAUCAUUGGGGAGACGGCCAGCGAGGCAGACAGCAGUGAGACAUCCAUUGGUGAGAAGGAGAAUGGGAACGAGAAAGACGAUGAUGUGAUUCGCUGCAUCUGUGGGCUGUACAAAGAUGAGGGGCUGAUGAUUCAGUGUGAGAAGUGCAUGGUAUGGCAGCACUGUGAUUGCAUGCGCGUUACUGCAGAUGUUGAACACUACCUGUGUGAACAGUGUGAUCCUCGACCUGUGGAGAGAGAAGUCCCCAUGAUCCCGCAGCCACAUUACGCCCAGCCCGGUUGUGUGUACUACAUCUGCCUCCUGCGGGAUGACCUGCUGCUCCGACAUGGUGACUGUGUCUAUCUGAUGAGAGAUAAUCGGCGUGGUCCUGAGGGCCAGCCUGUCCGACAGUCCUACAGACUGCUAUCCCACAUCAACCGGGACAAACUUGAUAUCUUCCGCAUUGAAAAGCUCUGGAAAAAUGAAAAAGGGGAGAGAUUUGCCUUUGGUCACCAUUAUUUCCGACCCCACGAGACUCAUCACUCCCCUUCAAGACGGUUUUACCAUAACGAGCUAUUCAGGGUGCCACUGUACGAGAUUAUCCCUCUGGAGGCGGUGGUAGGGACCUGCUGCGUGUUGGACCUCUACACGUACUGUAAGGGGAGGCCAAAGGGCGUAAGAGAUCAGGAUGUUUACAUCUGUGACUAUCGCCUGGAUAAAUCUGCGCACCUCUUCUACAAGAUUCACCGGAACCGCUACCCGGUCUGCACAAAAUCGUACGCAUUCGAUCACUUCCCCAAGAAACUGACGCCCAAAAGAGACUUCUCUCCUCACUACGUACCAGAAAAUUACAAGAGAAAUGGAGGCCGACUUUGCUGCACUCCCACCUACCAAACAGCCUUAACAAAGAUGUCAUCAUGGAAAACGGAACGAACAAAAGUGCACUGCAAGGAGGUGGUCCAGGAGGAAGACCUGCCACCCCCCAUCAUUGAGGACAUGUCGACUGCCCAAGAGCAGCCAGCUGCUGAGAUGCCACACCUGGAGGAGCAGGAGAGCGAGAGCAGCAAUGGCCCUCCGAAAGUGGAUUGCAGCCCAGAGGAGAAGCAAAGAGUGCAGAGAGAGAAUCUCAACAAAAUCCUCCUGAACUUGUUGGCCAAGAUACCAGGAAAAAACGCUAUCGAUGUGACCUACUUGUUGGAAGAAGGUUCAGGGAGGCGGCUUCGUAGGCGCACACUAAUGUUAACCGAGAGCAGCUUCAGGAAGUGAUGCACAACUGUGGAAAGGAGCGUUUCCUGUGUUGGAAAGCCUGGCCUUCUGCCCUGUCCUAUUGCAUCCUGACAGUGAGAGAGUUGAGGGAUGGAUCCCCUCCCACCACCCCCCUCCC